AUGGCCGACGCCGAGGUCGCCGCGCACUCCUCGCGCGACAAGGCGUUCGAGAUCUUCGUGAAGCGCACCAUCACCAGCAUCCAGAAGGAGGCAUGGGGCCGCAGCAAGGAGGUCAAGGAGAUCCGCGAGGCCUGCCAGGCCUUCCUCAACCGCCUCGACCAGAGCGGCGCCGGCGACGACGCGCUGCGCGAGGUGCUCUACCCGCUGCAGCUCGCGUGCGCCAGCAACAUGACGAAGGUGGUCGAGCUGGCCCUCGGCUGCCUGCACAAGCUCGUCGCGCACGCGUGGCUGCACGGCGAGAGCGGGCCGAGCGGCACGAUGGACCUGCUGUCCGCGCACGGCUCGGUAGACGGCGACGACGCAGUCGCGCAGGUCAUCAAGAUGGUGAUCAAGUGCGGCGAGACGAGCAACGAGGCGCUGCAGCUGGCCGUCGUGCGCGCGCUGCUGACGUUCACGACGGCAGAGCACUUUGUCGCGCACGGCGAGUGCCUGCUGGCGGCGGUCCGCGCGGUGUUCAACCUCGCGCUUUCCAGCGAGGACCCCACGAACAAGCGCACCGCAUGCAACGCGCUGCUGCAGAUGCUCAACACGAUAGCCAAGCGCGUGACGCAGGUGCAGCCGCGCGGCCUGGGCAGCGAGUGCUCCGCCGCGUCGCGUACAGUCAGCGAGGCGCUGGAAAUCGCCCGCAGCACGUCCUUCCACAGCGUGCCCAGCGCGGGCGCGCUCGCGGCGGGCGGGCCGCCGCUCAGCCCCGGCGCCGGCACGCCGACGGGGCGCGACGAGGCGCGGCGCGCGGCGCAGUUUGCGUCGCUGGCGGAGCGGUCGGACCUGCGGGGCUUGGAGGCCGCGUUGGAGGCCAGCGGCGCGAGCGGCGUGCUGUCUGAUGACGCCCUGGGCGGCGGCGGCGGCGGCGGCGGCGACUCGCCUGGCGCGGCGACGACGCCGACGGCGGGCGGCGCGAGCGUGCGCACCAGCUACGCGGGGCAGCGGCUGUCGGGCGUUGGGGGCGCCUCGGAGGCGGGGGAUUACGGGUCGGAGGCGAACGGCGGCCCUCGGUCGCCCUCCGUCCGAGGCAGCGCGCCCGGCGACGCGGCCAGCGGCGGCGGCGCAGCCAACGCGGCAGGGCUCACCCUGACGCUCGCACACGAGCGCGCGUUCGCCGACGCACACCGCGCGCGCGUCGCGGGCGGCGGCGGCGGCGGCGGCGGCGGCCCCGGCGGCGCGCCGCGGCUGACGACGUACGAGCGGGACGUGCUACUCGUGCUGACGGCGUUCUGCAAACUCGCCAGCCGCGAGGCCGGCAUGAGCAGCGCGGAGAGCGUCCUGUCCCAGGGGAAGCUGCUGGCUCUUGAGAUGCUCGGACGCGUGCUGGGCAACCCGCAGCACAGCUGGGCGCACGUCUCGGAGCUCUUCUGCCGCCACCUUCGCCAGCCGGUCUGCAUGGCGCUGCUGCGCAACUGCGCGUCCAACGACCCCGCCGCGUACGUGCUCGCGGUGCGGCUGCUGGCGGCGAUCCUCUCGCUGCCGCGCCUGCGGCUGGGGCUGCGGGCCGAGCUGGGCGCGUUCUACCCGCUGCUCGUGCUGCGGCCGCUGGAGCAGGAGGCGCCGGAGCCGCAGGGCCUGCAGGCCGCGCUGGGCACGCUGCGGGCGCUGGUUGGGGACCCGCAGCUCGUGGUGGACCUGUUUGUGAACUACGACUGCGACCUGCAGGCGUCGAACCUGUACGAGCGCACGGUGCAGGCCCUGAGCAAGCUGGCCCAGCAGGUGGACCCGGAGCCCGACAAGGCCGACAAGAACCGCGCCGAAACGCUGGCUCGCGCCGCCGCGCUGCGCCGCGAGGCGCUGCAGGCGCUGCUGCGGACGCUCUCGUCGCUGGAGCAGUGGGCGGCGCCGAUCCGCGAGUCGACGCUGCGCGCGGCGGCGGAGGCUGAGGCGGGGGAGGCGGAGGAGGGCGCGGGGCGCGGCGCGCUAAGGGGCCAGGGUGGCUCCAGCGGCUCCCUCCAAGACCGCGCCGCGCCGCCCUCCCAGGGCGGCGCGGCGCCGUCCCACGGCGGCGCGGGCGCGGGCGCGUCCAGCGAGGCGGAGCGCUUCACUGCGGCGAAGACCGCGAAGGACUCGCUGGCGCGCGGGCUGAGCGUGUUCAACUCGGGCGGGGCCGUCAAGGGGGUGGAAUACUUUGUCAACUCGGGGCUGGUGGAGGGCACGCCCGUGGCGAUCGCGGAGUUCCUGCGCCGCCACGCGGACCAGCUGGAUAAGGCGGCGCUGGGGGAGCUGCUGGGCCACCACACGGAGCUCGCCAUUGCGGUGAUGCACGCCUGGGUGGACGGCGAGCUGUACGGCGGGCAGUCCAUCGACCUCGCGCUGCGCGCGCUGCUGGCGCAGUUCAGGCUGCCGGGGGAGGCCCAGAAAAUAGACCGCAUCAUGGAGAAAUUCGCAGAGGCCAGCGCCACCCCUGCAAACCGCCGCAAAGCUCGGUGCCCGCGCUGA